AUGGCUGCAGUCAGUGGGCCCACCCUCGACGCACGCGUCGAGGACAUUGUCAAGGUGGAGGAAACACUUGCAUCGGAGCUGACGUUGCCGAAGGUGGUGCAGCUUCUGAUCGACCCUCAAGCCGAGGGUGUCGAGCGCAUUACGAUGAGUGAGUUUGUGGCAAUGCAACCGAAGCGGCAGCUGCUCGCGUUGGGCGGCAGGAAGGAUUGGCAGCAGUGGAUGGAGCAGAGCACGUACUACCAGCAGGCGGCCCGGCUGGCGGCUGAGUCCCCAGCGCAAGAUUUGGCGGCUCUGCAGCAAGCCGGUAUUCAGUCCCUGCAGCAGUGGCUCGAGCACCCGCAGCUUGUGAAGGUGUCGGCCCGCACCCGCAGUGCCCUCGACACGGCCGUCGCGCAGAGCGUUGAGGCGUACAUGGCAGAGGUGGUCAAGGUCGUGAACACCAGCAACCAGGUAGAGGACAUCCUAUCGCACUGGGUGUCAGAUGUGAUGGGAAAGUUCGUGCUCGACUCGUUGCAGAUUCCGAUCGACCGGGCCUCGCAGGCGAUGUGGGCGAAGCGGAAGGAGUGGAUGCCAGCUGAAGUCGUGCGCAACCGUGGUGGCGUCCCUCCCUCCAUGGCCUCUGCAUCCUCGGUCUCGUCGCCCUCCUCCGCCGCAGUUUUCGGAAACGAUGUUACGGGACGCUCCCCUCUCCAGAGCGUCGAGUCGCGCAUGCUCGGCGAGAUGCUGAGCGGUUGUGGUGGCAGCGUUGCGGCGCCUGCACCCGUCGCGAACGCGUCACAGCGGCAGCAACAGCAGUCGACGCUCCGGCCGGGUGAGGCGUGCACGUUGGAUCACUACCUGCGGUUUGUGCAGAAGGUGAUCUCUAGCGUACGGCAGGACUACGUGGCGAACCAUGCGGCGAUGGGCGCCGCCCCAGGCGGCCGGGGCGACGACCAGGCGGAGCGCGAAAUCACCGAGCGCUCGUACGGCGUCAUCGCUGCCGCCUUCACUCAGCUGCUCGAGCAAGCCGUGGUGUGCCAGCUGCCGCCAGAGCUGCAGGCCUUGCAGAAGAACGGCUACCUCGCCCUGGACCGCGUCCCAGGGCUCCUGAAGCGGGCCGGUAGCUUGCUGGAGCUGCGCUCUGUGCCGGUGCGCUACUUCGUGUUUCACAGUUCCGUCGACGAGGCGGCCGCAGUGGCGGCAACGACCUCGCACGGGCGUUCGUCGCCCGCGGACGCGUCGUUGAGCGGCGGUGCCGUGAGUGGGCUGGCUGUGCAGGCGCCGCCACCCUACGCCUCCGGCACCUUUCUUACUGGGUCGAAUCGAUUAGACGUGACGCUGGGUGAGUGGUCGGGGCAGCCGGACCCGCCUUCGUCAACAGCACGCGAGAGCGGCGGCGUUGUCGACGACGCCACCGAGCAGGAAUACCUCUCGAUGCUGCAUCGGCUGCGCCGCCGCAUCGAGACGCUGGCAGUCACCUCUCUUUACGAGGUCAUCGCGCAGCCAGAGCGGUUCGGCGGCAACGGCUUCAGCGCCGCGGAGGCCAUUGGCCUAGACCAACUUUUCGGCCCUGUGAAGCUGCUCGAGGACCGACUCACAACGCUGCUUCACUAUCCACCGGCCGCCGCCGACAAGCCCAUCCACUUCAUCGAGGCCGGCCCGCUCUCGGGGAAGACAGCGUUGCUGGAGCAGCUCAUUGAGCGCACCACACGGCCGGGCGACAAGGUAGUGCUGGUGCGCUACGGCGGCUCGGCAACGCCGUACCUGCCGGACCUGGAUGAUCACCCAGUCGCCUUCGCUGCCCGCUUCUGGUUCCGCGUGGCGCUCGCGUCGUGCCCGUGCCUGAUCCGCACAGAGGAGCUCUACUCUCGUGCGCCGCGUAGCGUAUACUGGUGGGGGCAUGAAAACAACUGGUCCUGGGAGCGGUACCAGAGCCUUCUGCAGUCGGCGCACAACGCGGGCACCGGCCACCGCCAGUAUCAGCAGCAGCAGCAGCAGCAGCAGCAGCGCGGUGCGUCGUCAGCAGCCGUGGCCGCUCCGGCGCAGCUCGCCUCGAUCCUCGUGGAUGAUGUGGAUCGAGCCCUGAGCGCGAUGCAGGUGAAGUGGGGCAACGCAGCGACCCUGUCGUCGUUCAUGACAACUAGCGCGGCAGGUGGAAGCGGUGGCAUGCGCGGCGGUGCCCUCGGACAUCUCGCCCACUCUUCUAGCGCGGCGGCGGCGUCGCGCAAGGCAUGCAGCGCGGCAGGCGUCGACGCGGACGCUGCCGAUGACACUGGUGAAGGUGAUGCCGACGACGGCGAUGACGCGGACGCGCCGGCCCGGGCGACGGCGGCGGCAGCACAUUCUCCCUCGCUGGAGCAGCAGCGCCAGCAGGUGAUUUCGCUCUGGCUCUCCACUGGCAAGUCCGUUGAGGAGCACCUAUACUCCUGUUUCACUCAGAUAUCCGCGGCGGUGGGACAGGUGAACUUCGUCUUUGCCGGCACGGCAGCCACGCCGCUGCUGCUGGCCUACUGCCCGGCCCCGUGCAGGCGCUACUACCUGCCGCUCUCCGGCGGUGUUGGACUGCAGUCGCGCCUGCGUGUGCUUCCGCUGCUGGCGACGCUGCACGCGCUGCACUUGACGCACCGCCUCGACAUGCCUGGCCUGCUGUACGAGGUGCUCAAGAACGCCCCAGCGCUGGCCGGCAAGGCGCUCGAGCUUUUCUGGUCCCACCGCGUCUCACUUAUGGACUUGCGUACGGGACUGCCGCGGCUCACGAUGGGCAACGGCUCGGCGCACCCGCAGCUGCUGCACAGCUACGUGCCACGUGAGCUGUUCGCUGAGCUGCCGGUCUACAUAACGCUUCUUCAGGACCCACGCCGCACCCGCCGUCGUCUCGUCGAGCUGCUGCAGCGCCAACUCAGCAGCCCGACCGGAUACCUCAGCACCGAGCUCGACACAACGCCGCAGGACGUCAAGGAUGGUUUGGUACUCCCUCACAACCACGCAAGUAGCCAAGUGCACCCCUUCGCUCUCUUCGCCAUUUUCUCCAGGCAGGACGCGAUCGAUGAGCGGGUUUUCAACAGCGAGGGGCAGCUGCUGGAGGACAGUGAGCUGCAGCGCGACGGCGACGCCGAGGACGAGGAUGGUGUGAAGGAUGAGGACGACGGCGGCGGCGCGAACGCGAAGCCAAAGGCGGCUGAAGCUUCGGCUGCAGCAGCCCGGCUGCGUAGCAGCACCGGUGUCGGCAGCAACGAGCGCAAGGUCGUACGGGCUUGGGCAGAGGUUUGGGCCGAGUACCGCAGCGUUGUUUCCGCGCUCUCUACGACGCCGGCCCGUAAGCGCGACGCCAUGCGCAUUCUGCUACACGGAGCGCUGCUGCUGCGGUCGGCUGCCGUGGCGGGGGCGCAGCUGGAGCUGAACCUAAAGGUGCCGUCUUUUGGCUUCCCUCUCCUGGCGUCUGAGACGCGGGUGCGCGGCAGCAGCGUCCACCACCCGCGCGGGACAGCCGCUGCGGCGGGCGAGUCGCGCAUCCGAAGUGCCACGCCGGAGACGGUGCGCCGCGCUGUGUCGGCCUACAAGAUGUUCUUCUCGAACGCCGCGCCGAGCCACUUCCCCUUUCGGCCCAUGGUGGGCCUCAACGGCGGCUGCGACGUCGUGUUUGUGUGCGGGUCGACCCUGGCAUUGUACAACAUAGUGGCAACCACCGCGCAGCUCCGACACACGGUGGCGCGCUUUGCCGAGGCCUUGCUAGGAGUGCUGCACGUCUUGAUGCGCCAGGUGCUGCCGGCGGACAAGGUGCGUGCAGUGCAGUAUGUAACAGUGGUGUCGCUGGACGAGGCACAGCCUGGGGUGGAGGCGAGUCCGAUUGGAAACGGCAGCGGUGGCGGCCACGCCAACGUCUACGCGCGCCGGCGCGGCUCUGUCGUGGCGGGCGGCGUCAGCGUGGAUGUCUUCAACUCGGUUGCGGCGCCCACUGUACCCUACUACCUCGACUACGAUGCCGUGUUCGAGGACCACGUGAUAGACCGGCUGCGCGAGCUGCAGCAGUCCCUCGGCAUCACCAAGGACUUCCGCACCCUCAGCGAACUGAUAGACGAGAUUGAGCACACGCACCGGGUGCGGGUACUGCAAAACGUUGUGUCCACGCCAGAGGAGGUGGAGUCGCUCUUCUCGCCUACGCUGCUGCAGCUCGUGCCGGACUCGACGGUGCUGCCUGCGUACACAUCAGCGGUAGUGUCGGCUACGGACCUCAUGGCGCAGGCGAUGAGUCGUGGCGCAGGCGGGCGGAGAGCCUCGGACGUUGCCGCAGACGUGGAUGACGACGACGAUGCCGACUACGUGAACAUUGGUGAGGAAGAUGUAGUGCCUGGUGCAGAAGUGGAUGACGUGGCCAGCGAGGCGCGCCUCUUGCGGGACGCCGCUGCGGGAAAGUCCACUGCUGGCGGCAUCAGUCCCUCUGAGGACCUGAAUGCCGCCGACGGCGACUACGUGCACGAGUCCGCCGCGCUGCUCGAGGCGAUGAUGAACGAUGAGCUGGACUCGAUGACGAACUGGACGGCGCAGCUGCAUCGGCAGCGUGAGGAGACGGCGCGCGACCUGCAGCGCGAUUUGGUGAUGGAGGAUCGCAUCAACUACAACGCACCACCGCCGUCCAUCGGCGCUUCGGCAGCUGACGCAGCCGUCACAGGGGUGGCACCAUCGAAGUCGUCUCGAGCGCCUGGCCAGACCGCUGCCGACGACGCAGAGGCCGACGCGCUUGCCUGGCUGCAUGACGUGAUCACGCCAGAGAGCCUGAUUGCCGGGCUGAAGGGCUCAAACCCCGGCGCCCAAGUUUCUGCCCCGUCUUCCCCAUCCACCGCAACGGCGGCACCGGGGGUGGCGGCCUCCCCGCAAAGUCCUGCAAGUCCGAUGGCCGGCAUGUCCCUCGCUGCAGCUGGCGGCGGUCUCGCAAGCCACGCGUCUUUCGCUGGGUCGAUGGCAAGCGUGACGGGCCCGUGGACGCCGAACCCGAUCCCGCCGCCGGUGGCGGCGUCUGACGGCGCCGGUGGCGAACGGUCCUCCGUAGCAGCCGGCACACCGACGACCACCACGGAGGAAGGUGAGCGAGGCGCGGGUGCGGCGGCUGCCGGCGACGUCGCGGAGACUGGGGAGAGUGGUGAUGGAGAGGACGAUAGCGGCGAGGGAGACGAGGAAGAGCUGAAUGCUGUGAAGCCGCGUGGGGCUGAGGGCAGCCGACGCAAGGGCGGCAGCAAAGCUGGUAGCAAGACGACCACCGUCGCGUCCCGGCGGCCGCGUCGCGAGAGCCACAGCUCUAAUGGAAAGCGGUCCUCCGCUGCCAGCAGGCAGAAGCGGUCGGCGAGCAUGUCCAGGAGUGACGACCGUGCAACCGCCAGAUCGGCGCCUCAGUCGACCUCGCAGACCAAACGGCGGAAGCCGUUGACGUCCAAGAAAAACCAAGCAGCCCCCUCCUCCAGCAGCAGCAGAAAGAAGAAGUCGAACAGCUCAAGGCGUCGGUAG